AUGAGCGAGCAGGGCGCCUUUUCUCGCGGGGAUAGAGGCCACGACCAUGGCGGGGGCAGCUUCCGGGACCGCGAGCGGGGAGCCAAGCGUGAGCGCACCGGGGGCGGCCCCUCGCCUGAGGCUGGUGGCAGCCUGGGGCGCCAGCCGGGCAGCGGGCUGGACCGGGGCGGUGGCAGCCAGGAUGCCUGGGAGCCGCCUUACCCUGGCAGCAAGCGGGGGCGGUUUGGGGAGGAGCGAGACCGCGACCGCGGGGGCGAUCGCUUCGGGCCGCCGCCACCGUACCCGCCGCAGCUCGACGGCGGCCGCUUUGGCAGGCUGCCGCCUCCCAUGGGCGGCGGAGGAGGCAGGGGGCGGUUUGGCGACGGCGGAGGGCGCUACGAGGGUGUCCGGUUCGACGGCGGGCCGCCACGGCACUUUGGAGGGCCCUCUGGCCGCGGCCGGGGCGGCUUUGGCUUUGGCGACCGCCCUCCGCCAGACAGGCCGCCUGUGCGUGGCCACAUGGGGCCGCCACCGGCUGCCGACUUCCGUCCCCCCCCCGGCUUCGACACCUUGCUGAGCAAGCAGGGCAGCGGCAAGGAGCAGCGGCGGCCGCGCAGCGCCAGCCCUCCCCGCCGCCAGCGCAGCGGCAGCCACGAGCAGGCGCGCGAGCGGCGCGGCAGCGGCGGCAGCGCCAGCCGCAGCCGGCACGGCAGCCCGUCGCGCGCGCCGCGCAGCAGCGGCAGCAGCCCCCGGCCGCGCGACAAGGACAGGGGCAGGCCGGCGCGGGCUGAGGGCGGCGGCGAGGGGCAGCGCCGCAGGCGCAGCGCCAGCCUGCCGCGGGAGGAGUUCCAGCCGCCCACGCGCAGCCCGCCGGGCAGCGCCGAGGCACCCGCGGGGCCCGGCCGCCGCAGCAAGCAGCCGCAGCCGCAGGCGAGGGAGCUGGACCUGUCACCUACAGAUGCCAGCAGGCUGGCCACGCUGCCAGCUGGCAUCCCGGUGGCGGAGCCGACCCUCGCGGCGCCAGCAGCCGCGGCCACGCAAGCAGCGUCGCCGCCGGUGCCAGCUGCCGCUGCCGCUGCCGCCAAGGAUGGCUCCACCUCUCCUCCCCUCUCCCCGAUGUCCUCAGGCCUGCCGCCCGCAGCGCCGCCGCCCGCGUCGCAGCAGACGGCCGACGCCGCUGACGUGGCGCUUCCAGCUCAGCUGGCAGACGAUGCAUCCUCUCCCGGGGCGCCACCUGCCGCAGCGCCAGCCGCAGCGCCAGCCGCAGCACAGCAGCAGCAGCAGCAGCAGCAGCACCAGGCUGGGUCUACGGCACUGGGCGCGGCAGCCGCUGCUCCGCAGCCACCCGCGGCACUGCCAGCCGGGCCUGGCAACUCGGAGCAGGCCCCCGGGGCCGCCGAGCAGCAGCAGGAGGCGGCGCCGGUGCCGCCGCCGCCGGCCAGCCCUGGUGUGAAGGUUGAGGCAGGUGGGGCAGCCGGUGUGCCCAAGCAGGCGCAGCAGCAGCCACGGCAGCCGCGGGUGAAGCAAGAAGAGCAGCAGCAGCAGGAGCCCGCGGCACCCAACGGCCUGCCGGCAGCGGGCUCGCCUAUGGCUGUGGAUGUGGCGCCCGCAGGCGCCUCGCCAGCAGCCGGUGCCAAGGCCCCCGCAGCCGCGCCGCCAGGCUGCAAGCCAGCCGGCGCCAGCCCUCUGUCCAAGGCCGUCACGGGCUCGCCGGCGGCGGCGGCGGCGGCGGCGGCGGCGGCGGCGGCUGCGGCGACCCCCGUAGCAGCCGCUCCCGCCGCUGCCGCUGCGCCUGCUGGGGCGGCUGCCGCGAAGCUGUCGAUCCUGGGGGUCAUCGAGUCACUGGAUCAGGAGCUGGCGCAGGUGCAGCAGCAGCUCCAGGGAAGCCGCGCCGACCAGGGUCGCCUGCAGCAGCGCGAGGCGCACAUCGCCAAGGCUCUGGACAAGCUCCAGUCCAAGCCGCCCAAGCGCCCCGCCGCUGCGGCGGCCGACACCGGCAGCGACGUGUCUGACGUGGAGCUCUCUGAGAGCGAGGAGUCGGAGGAUGAGGUGGCGCCGGCUGCUGCGCGGCGGCGGCGCCGCAAGGAGGGCGGCGGCGGCCGCGGCGGCGGCCGCGCUGUGGCGGGCGCGACGUCUGUCGAGGCCCUGGCUGCCUGGGGCCAGGCGGGGGUGGUGGGGAUCAAGCGGGAGGCAGCCUUUGCUGUGGUGGAGGAGUGGGAGGUGUGGGAGCCUCAGGCGGAGGAUUCUGAGGAGGAGUGGGGCGGGCAGCGGCGCAAGGGGCGCGGCAAGGGGCGGCGCGGGCGCAAGAAGGAGCGGCAGGAGGAGAAGGCGUGCGCCGGGCGCGACGCCUGGGAGCAGGCGCUGCCGCCGCGGCAGCGCCUGGCGCUGCGCGCGCUGGCGGCCGCGGUGGGCGCCGUGGCGGCAGAAACCACGGUCGUGGAUGUGCUGCGCCAGGCGCAGCAGCAGGCGGUGCAGGCUCACGCCUCACUGGCGCCCGCUGUGCCCGACGCGCUGCUGGUGCCCGCUGGCAGCCCCAACGCGCCAGCCGUGGGCGUGGCAGGCACCGGCGCCGCAGCGGCCGCCGCCAGCUGCAGCAAUGGCGGCAGCAAGGCCGGGCGUGGCGGCGUCGGCAAGGCGACCGGCGCGGUGGCUGCGCUGCUCAAUGCCAAGCCUGCUGACCUCAGCAGCUUCCAGGUGCCUUCCACGGUACUGGCAUUCGAGGAGCUUACGCAGCUGCCGCAGUACCGCCGCAACCUGGAAUCGUACUGCAAGACGCGGGUGGGCGUGCAGAAGGUGCUGCACCGCGAGUUUGGCUCCCUGCUGCGCAAGCAUGUGGAGCUGGCGGUGCAGUACAGGGUGCGGUACGAGCAGUACCGCGCUGCAGAGCAGCGGCGCCAGGCCAUGCUGCAGGAGCAGCAGCAGCUGGCGGCCGCCAUGGCGGCGCACCGCCAGGGCUCGAUUGGCGUCGCCCAGUUCCAGCCCAUGUCGCCCACCCUAGGGCGCAGCACCAGCCGCGGCCGCAGCGGCGACUACAUCCGCAGCGACUACGAGGAGAAGCAGGCCAUCGCCACGCUGCAGGCCAUCGAGCUGGUGAAGCACUACACCGAGCUGCCCCGCAUGGAGCUGCCGCCUCCACGCCAGGCCCGCUGGGAGGCGUACGAGGACCGCAACCGGCUGGUUGGCGACCCCGAGGAGGACGACGAGGCCGCCUGGUUUGUGCGUCCCUGGACUGAGGGGGAGCGCAAGGUGUUUGCCGACAAGUUCCUGGCUCACCACAAGGACUUCCCGCGCAUCGCCACCUUCCUGCCCGGCCGCACGGUGGAGGAGGUGGUGCGGCUGUACUAUGCGGUACAGCGUACCGACGAGUUCUCCCAGACGCGGCGCAAGUACCUGCUGCGCAAGCGCCGAGAGCAGACGGAGAGCAACAAGAGCCUGCGCGGCUUUGGCAACUUCAUGGGCAUGGGCGGCCACAGCCUGGUUGCAGACCUGGAGGUGGCGCACCAGCGGCAGGAGGAGGAGGCGCACCGCCCCGGCGGCGGCACGGGCCUGGGGCGCAGCAACAGCCGCGGCAGCGGGCUCAACGGCGGCGAGCGCCCCGCACGCAGCCGCAGCCGCUCUAUGCUGCUGGAUGCUGGCACCGGGCCGCUGGCAGCCGCCCCCAUCGAGUUCUUCACCGGAGCGGCGGCGGCAUGCUUCCCGGAUGCGCCAGCCGUGGCGCCAGGUGGCGCGCCAGGCGGGCUGCCCGCUCUGCAAGCCGUCAGCCAGGAUGCCUCCUUGGCGGCAGGCAGCCAGGCGCGGCGCGGCGUGCGGCAGCAGCGGCCCCGCGUGGAGCCUCUCUACGCCGAGAUCGAGGAGGCGACGGCAGCUGUGAUGCGGCGCGCCCGUACCGCGCCCACCGCGCUGGGCAGUACCGGAUCUGUGCCCGCGCUGGACCAGCUUCCCAUGGAGCUGCCGCCGCUGGACCUCCCCACCUUUGCCUCCAUGCCCCCCAUGCCCCUGCCGGCCCCCGCCGGCAUGCUGGCCGGCGCGGUGGGCCCCGCGGCGCUGCCUCCGUCCCUCAUCGGCGGCUCAGCGGGCGCCAUGCAGGCCGCGGCAGCGCUGGCGGCCGCCGACAGCGUGGCGGCGGCGGCGGCGGCGGCCGCGGGGCUGACACCCGCCACCACGCCGCACGCCGCCAGCUCCGCCACCGCGGCGAGCGCCAGCGCAUUCUCCGCCCCCUUUGGCGCCGCCCCGGGGACUGACAUGGCUGGGCUGGGGCUGGGGCUGGGCAGCACGCUGGGAGGGCGGAAGAGCGGGGACGGCGACCUGGAUUCCCGCUUCUGCCAGGCGGUGCGCCUGUUUGGGCGGGACCUGAAGGCCAUUUCCCAGUUUGUGGGCAACAAGACCGUGGCCGCCUGCCGCCUGUACUGGAGCCGACACCGGGAGCGGCUGGGGCUGGAUGGCAUCAUGGCUGAGCGGGCGGCGGCGGGGCUCGGCGAGGAGGGGGCGGGCGGCGGCGCCACGGCGGCCGCCGCGGGCCUGCCCAGCCUCCAGGCCUGGGCGCCGCUGCUGGACCAGCUGCACCGGCAGGAGCAGGAGGCGGCGCUGCAGGCGGCUGCGCUGGCGGCGGCCGCCGCGGUGCUGGGCACGCCGGGGGAGCCAAACUGGGGCGGCGCCGUCGCCUCAGCUGCCUGCGCGGCGGUGAUUGCCGCCGUGGACGGCCCCCCCGCGCCGCCCGCCAGCCUGCUGCCGCCAGACGCAGAGGCAGCCGCCAGCCUGCUGCCGCCAGACGCAGAGGCAGCCGCCAGCCUGGCACCAGGCGACAAGGCCGCGGGCGUUGCGCCCGCGGCGGAGGCGGGGCUCGCGGCGGGCGCCCCGCGCGGCGCCGCGGCAGGCGGGCCGGCGCGGCAGGAGGCGGCCCAGCCGCUGCCCGAGGCGGCUGGCGCUGCUGCCGCCACCCUGCUGCCGCGGGAGGAGCUGGAGAAGCUGCAGCUGCUGCUCCAGCCAGGCGGCCUGCUGUUUGAGUUUGCGGGCAGCCCGCAGCGGGCGGAGGAGCUGCGGGAGUUGCUGCGGGACCCUGCACAGCUGGUACAGCACCCGGGGCACAUGCAGCAGCUGAUGGGGAUGGUGGGAGCUGCCAAGAAGUUGCUGGUCACGCACGGUCCCGCAGACCUGGCCUCCACGCCGCCGCUGCCCACCGCCGCCGCCCAGCCGCUGGCGCCGCUGCCCGCGGCGGCGGCGGCGACGGCGGUGCCGGCCGCGCGGCCCGCGGCCGGCGGCGCCUUCCACCUGCUGCCGCCCGCCCAGCUGCCACCGCCGAUGCCGGUGCCGCAGCCGCAGGCGCAGGGGCGGCGCGGCGGAGGGCGCAAACGCAAAGCCGACGGCGAGGGCGGCAGCCGCGGCGGCAGGGCCGGCACCUCCGCCAAGCACGCGUCCGGCGCCGUGCCGGGCGGCGCGGCGGCGGGCGCCGGCGCCGCCGGCCUGCCGCCGCACCUGGCCCUCUUUGGCCUGCCCCAGCUGCAGGGCCAGCAGCAGCAGCAGCAACAGUAUGUGGCUGCCGCAGUGGAAUGGAUGCAGCGCUACCAGCAGCAGAUGGCGGAGCUGCUCACCAAUCCAGCGCAGGCGGCGCUGGCGGCGGCCGCCGCGCCACAGCUGCAGCAGGCGCAGCAGCAGCAGCAGAUGGCGGCCGUGUAUUCGAUGUUUGGCCUGCAGCCGUCGGCGGCAGUGGCGGCAGCGGCGUCUCAACAGCAGCAGCCCGGUGCGGGCGGCGCGGCGGCGGCUGCCAGCCCCGCGGGUGCGCCGCCGCCGCCUGGCUUGCUGCAAGCGCAGCUGGAGCAGCAGCAGGCGGCGGCCGCGGCGGCCGCGCCGCCGGCCGGCCUGGCCGCCGUGCUGCUGCAGGCGCAGGCGGCGGCGGCGGCGCAGGCGGCGCAGCAGCGCGCGGCGGGCGGCCAGGCCGCGGCCACCUUCCUGCCCGCCGCGGCCGCCGCCGGCAUGGAGCAGCUGCAGCGCUUGGUGCAGCACAACCCCGCACUGGCGGCGCUGGCGCAGCGCGGUCCCGCAGCUGCCAUGCAGCUUCAGGCCAUGCUGCAGCUCCACCACUUCCAGCAGCAGGCGGCGGCGCAGCAGCAGGCAGCCGCCCUGCCGCCCGCGCUGCUGCAGUCCCUCCACCAAGGCUUGCAGCAGGGGCUGGCUCGCCCGACCGGCCUGCCCGUCCUGGCCGGGGCCGCGACGUCCCCGCUGCUGAUGCAGCAGCAGCAGCCGGGCAGCCCGCCGCUGCACGGGGCCGCCGCGUUGCUGCAGAGCGCGCUGCAGCAGCAGGCGGCGGCUGCAGCCGGCGCAAUGGCGGCGGCGGCGGCGGGAGCCUCCCCGCAGAAGCAGCAGGAGCAGCAGGCGGCAGGCAAGCUUGAGAGCCCGCGCACCCUGCUUCUGCGGGCGGAAGCCGCAGCGCUGGCAGCGGCGCAGCAGCAGCCGCCACCGCAGCAGCAGGAGGUCAAGGCGGCACCGCCUCCUGCGGCCGAUGGCGCUGACGCCAGCACGCCUGCUGCCCAGGCAGCCGCGCAGCCGCAGCAGGACGCGGCGGUGGAGCCGGCCGCGCCGCAGGCUGCCCCGCAGCAGCAGCAGCAGACACCACAGCUGCGGCCGCAGCAACUGCAGGGGCGCCCGCAGCGCCGGAGCCGGCGCCAAUACCGCCUGCGCCUGCGCCUGCUGCUGCUGUCAGUGUAA